AAGUCCAGAAAAAUAACACCAAAGUAUUCGUCUACGUCAACCGUGAGUCUCCUUAUAAGGGAGUGCAUCCUCAUCCCAAAUCUAAGAGCUAAAAACUUUUAGGGAGUAAUAAGGCUUCAUGGAAAUUGCUCCGAUGAAUUUUAGCUCCUUUUUUUUCAGGUCUUUUGGUUUAUAUGUAUUAUUUCUUUGUCUAGUUCUCUGCUCUUUGGAGAAGGGUUUUGCCUUGGCAGGAAGGAAGGAUAAACUUACUCAUCACACAGUUCAGUUGAACUCUCUACUGCCAGCAACUACUUGCACCCCCUCCACCAAAGGUCACAACAAGAAACAUGGAUCAGUGCUAGAAGUGGUACACAAGCAUGGCCCUUGCUACGAACACAACCAACACAAAACCAAAACCGCUACAGAUCUUCAUGCAUAUUACGCUCAAUUCUUCAAGCAAGACCAAGCACGAGUCGAUUCAAUCUACUCCCGCCUAAAGGCCACCAAAAGAUAUUCAACCAAAACAGAUGACAACCUUCCGAUUACGCAAUCGGAAGAUACCAACACCUUCCCGGCCCCUUCUGCCACGACGGUGGGUGGUUCUGGCAACUACGUUGUGAAGGUCGGAUUAGGCACGCCGGCCAAAAGUUUUUCCCUCGUAUUCGAUACCGGAAGCGACCUAACUUGGACUCAAUGCCAGCCUUGUCGAUUCGGCACCGGAAGCGACCUAACCGCCUCCUACGCCAACAUCUCAUGCAACACCGCAACUUGCAAUGAGCUGACGUCGGCCACAAACACUGGACCCUACUGUUACCGCGCGACGAACACGUGCGUGUACCUCAUUGGGUACGGAGACAAGUCCAAAUCCGCCGGAUAUUAUGGAACCGAAAGGCUCACGUUGACCGCCACUUCGACCGACGUGUUUGAUGGCUUCCUCUUCGGGUGCGGCCAAAACAACGGCGGUACCUUCGUUGGCUUUGCCGGUUUGCUUGGUCUCGGCCGGAACAAGAUAUCCCUCAUCGAACAAACAGCCGCAAAGUACGGCCGAUAUUUCUCCUACUGCCUUCCCGUCGACCAGAGCUCCACAGGCUUUCUCCGCCUCGGCAAAGACGGAGGAAAUUCCGCCGCCGUUAAGUUCACGCCGCUCACCACCCUUCCUGUAGAAGAAUCAUUUUACGGGCUCGACUUGGUCGGCAUCAGCGUCAGCGGACAACAGGUGUCGAUUCCGUCAACGGUUUUUUCCACCGGAACUCUCAUCGACUCGGGGACAGUGAUAACGCGGCUGCCGGCAGCGGCGUACACCGCGAUGAGAGACGCUUUUAGGGAAGGGAUGAAGAGCUAUGGGGAACCCAAGACAGUUGAGGGGGUACUGGACACUUGCUACGACCUUAGAGCGUAUAACUUGGAGACGGUCUCGUUUCCGGCGGUUGCGUUUACGUUCAGUGGUGGGCUUACUUUGGAAUUGAAAUUGGCGGGGACAGUGAUUGUGAUAGUUGAUACUUCGCAGGUUUGCUUGGCGAUUCUUCCUAGCACCAAAGAUGGGCAGCCGGGGAUCAUUGGGAAUUUUCAGCAGAUUGGGUUUGAAGUGGUGUACGAUGUUGCAGGAGGGAAGAUUGGAUUCGCCGCUGGAAGUUGCUAAAUUGAUUAUGAUUAAGUAAUAAAUCAGGUUUAGAGUGGUCUCAAAUCUGAAUUAAUUUAGCACUACUGAGUCAUUUUGCUGAAUAAAUUUGGCGACAUGUAUCUAGCAACACAAUUUGGUGACAUGUUUAGGGUUUGAGUGCGCGUAUAACUAUAUAUAUAUAUAUAGCUCAAGUAUAAAUAAUGGAAGCAUUUGGCAAGAUUUCCAGAACAAAAUUAUUUACUCCA